AUGGAUGCUAAUGCGAUCCAAAUAGCCGUCCGAUGUCGACCAUGGCAUCCUACCAAGGAACUACCAUUCAUAGUCCAACCCACCAAUCAGCCGUUCUUCUACGGAGAUGGAAAUCUAGGUACAUCAUCGACUAGACCUGCAGCACCGGGAGCAUUGAGGAACGUAGUGGAGGUCAUCGAUAGUAGAGAAUUAGAUUUUGAUAAACCGCAAGAUCCUAGUGGGAAUAGGAGAGGAGCGUUUAUGGCUGGAAGAAGAUAUAAGAAUAGAAAGUAUGUCUUCGACCAAGUGUUCAGUAUGGAAGCGAGUCAGGAAGAAGUCUUUGAAAGGACGGCUAAACCACUUCUACCUGGUGUACUGGAUGGAUAUAACGCUACUGUAUUUGCUUACGGAGCAACUGGUUGUGGUAAAACGCAUACUAUAUCCGGGACAGAAGAAGAACCUGGUAUAAUCGUUCGUACAAUGAGAGAACUGUUCGACUUGGUGGAAGAUACAAAGCUUCAAUACGAUACAUACUUUCAGAUGUCAAUGGUGGAGAUUUACAAUGAAACGAUCAGAGAUCUGUUGAGUGAUGAGUAUCCAGCUUGUCCACCUGGUGGACUGAAAUUGUUAGAAAAUGAGAAAGAAAGAGUAAAAGUCGCCAAUGUGACCAACAAGACACCAACAUCAGUGGAGGAAGUUAUGGCUCUAGUCAUGCUCGGUAACGAAAGGAGGAGUACAUCAUUCACAGCUCGAAAUUCGACUUCAUCAAGAUCACAUUUGGUCUUACAGAUCAACGUAGUUAGGAAUGAGAGAGGAUCAGAUGUCGAUGUAAUCAAGUCGACCGUAACUCAAUGCUCCACUUCUGCGACAUUGUCAAUUAUCGAUUUAGCAGGAAGUGAAAAAGCUUCAGUCAACCGUGGACAACGAAUGAAGGAAGGUGCCAACAUCAAUAAAUCUCUAUUGGCUCUCAGUGGAUGUAUCUCAGCUCUGUGUCAACCGCCUGUUAGAGGUGUACGUCAACAUGUCCCAUACAGGGAUUCAAAACUCACCAGAUUAUUGAAAUUCUCCCUGGGUGGUAAUUGUAGGACGGUGAUGAUCAAUUGUAUCUCACCGAGCUCGAAAGAUAUCGAAGAAACCAACAAUACUUUACUUUGGGCUGAUAAAGCUAAGAAAGUGUCUACGAAGGUAUCGAGGAACACUGCUGGUGUGGAACUACGAACCGCUCAAUGGAUUCAGAAAAUUGUCACGCUGGAAGCUACGAUCAAAUCACUUGAGGGUCAACUAGCAGCUGGACAUAAUGCUUCGUCAGGAAUGCAACAACGUAGGCUGAACAAGGCUAGAACCGACGCUUCAGAGGAAUUAGGUAGAGUGGAAAAGGAGCUGGAUGAGCUGUUACCGGUCAUCCUUGAAGGUACAGAGAUGGAUGCGUUAUGGAAUGGGUCAGUACUCCAAGUGGAAGCUUUGGAGACUAGAUUAGCAGAUAUUGAGGUCGAAAUACAGUCUGGUCGAUCAUUGGAAGAUGCUCAGAGGGAGAAGAACCAUAUCAGAUCAUUGAUACAACAACAAGAUCAGUCAUAUCGGUUCAAUUCGGAGAUCCAAUCUGGCAUUCAGAAUAAAUCCUUAAAACACAUCACUCUGAGUAAUCUACUAAAGAAAGCUGAAGAGAGAAAUUUCGAUAAGGAUCUUUCAGAAGCUAAAUACGAACAUCAAAUUGCGAUCAUGGAGCAUCAAGCUCACGUCAUCAGAAGUAUGGCAGCAGCCAAAGAAAGAGGUCUAAGAGAUUACAUUGCCCAACAAGCUGACAUGGCUACGAAAUCUGCCUCGCUCCUGUCAAGAUUCUCAAUUUUACUUCAUAAUGAGGUAUCAUCACUCUCAGACGGGUCAGCAGACCCUGACACGAUGGUCAAAAAAUUGCAUUCAUUGUUGAAUACUGUUGAUACGAGUAUAUCUACGUUAUUCGGCGAAUCUCCAGCUCCCUUAUCAGUAGCUCCUACAAGAUUACCAGUCUCGUUAGCUGCUCCUUCACCCCGUCGACCUUCAGUCAGACAAUCUACUUCCCCCAAACGAUUCCUGAAGAAAAUCUCGCCCAAGAAAAUUAUGCCACUUCGACCAAGUUUGUUUGGGAUUUCAUCUGGCAAUUCUAGCUCUGCACCUAGUGAGAAGAAAGGUCUGAGAUGGAGGGACGAAGCUGGAGAAGGGAAAAUAGAUGAUAGGUCCAUCGCACCUGAUUGUCCCGUAUUUUCAAGUCCUUCGACGAAUGCUGAGGAAUCAAUCAGGAACGACUCGUCAGCUUCUUCAGAUUGGGAAGAUAUCAAGCCUGUCCAGCCAAAAUCCUCAUCACCACUAAUCCCAGCGUCACUCCGCCCAUUAGGUAAUCCUCCUCCUCCUCCAGCUCCUAGCUCAGCAAAACCACCAAAUACAGGUGGCGAGAACACAACAGAAAUUCCAGCAUGGAAACAAAUGAGGAUGAUGCGUAAUAUGGGAGCUCAACAGUCUAUCGAACCCAUCGCUGAAGAAUCACCUACAAAAUCGCCAAUAGGUCUAGGUCGACCUUCAGGUCCAGGUUUGAUGGGUCCUCCCGCUCGUCCUGCUCGACCUGGACCAUUGGGCGAACUACACAGUGCACCUGUACCUUCAUCAUCUAGACCGUCAACCUCCCUAUCACAUUCAACGUCAAUGACUAAUCUCCUCAGACCCACUGCGGCUUCAGCGGCUAAAAGUAAUCUUCCGACUUCGAAUUCAUCGGUAUUUGCCAAUGUUAAAAUACCGUUAUCGUCUUUCGCUUCUUCUUCAAACUCCAACUCGUCCAUGUCGAUGGGAAACACAUCGUCCAGCUUACCUUCCAGAAGAGUAUCGAUGAUUGGACCUGCAAGACAUGAUAGACCCAAACAACGUUUAUCGAUGUUACCAUCGUCAUCAUCUUUCCACCCUCACUCUGCUUCUGCUACUGGAUCUGGUGAUUUGUCGUUAUCACUCAAAGGACUACCUGUACCUUCUUCUUCGUCAGGAGGGAAUACAAGUAUACUAGCUAGUGGAGCGAGGAGAAUAGGCGGGCCGAGAUCUUCGAUGUUGUCUACAUCGACAUCUGGAUUACCUAGAGGUCCAAGACCAAGUAUAGCAGCUACAGCAGGAGAGGCAAGUAAACCCCAAUGGAGAUGA